CACUUACUCUUCAUAAAACGACAAUCCAACUUCCUCCACAAAAAAAAGUUUGAUUAUUUCAUCCAUAUUCUUCUUUCCAUCUUCAAAUUUAUCUCUUUUCUUUCAUUUUGAUUACUGCACUUGACUUGAGUUUCAACUAUUCUUCUUUCUGUUAAAACCAAAAAAAAAAAAAAUGCAGUGAAGUUGUGUAGUAGCAUUGUUUGUUUCAGCAAUAUCUAAUCUCUAUCUAUAAUUACCAAAGCCAAAGGUACGUACUUUACAUAUAUGCUCUUAUUUCUUUUUAACAAGAGAAUAUUAAUUGUUUAAUAUUUUCCAAUUUUGUUACCUCUUGCUUGCAGAUCCAUCAUUUUCCAAAAAAAAUAAAAAAAUAAAAAAAAGAAUUCUUAGUUUUGGAUUUGGAUUGAGUAAUAACAGAAAGAAAUUAAGAAAGAAGGCAAUUGCGGCUACUUACCAUGGAAAUUGUUGUAUCAAUUGGGGCCAAAAUAUCUGAGUAUACGGUGGCACCACUGGGUCGGCAGUUGGGUUAUCUGUUUUACUACGCAAGAAAUGUAGAGAACCUCAAUACUCAACUCCAACAUUUGAAUGAUGCCCAAAACAGAUUGCAACGCCGUCUUCAGGAUGCCCAAAAUAACUGUCAAGUAAUCGAAGCUGAUGUUACCACAUGGCUGACCACCUUUGGUCAAAUCUCUCGAGAGGCUAACACAUUUCUCAACCAUCCAGACCACGCAAAGGUCGUGUGCUCUUGUGGAUCCCCUCCUCAUUUGAUGAUGCGACACCGUUUAAGCAGGAAAGCAAGGAAGAUGUCGAUCCAAGUACACGAUCUCAAAGAGGAAUGCAAAUUCGAUACCAUUGCAUAUCCCCCUCACCUACACACUCUGUCUACAACAACAGCAACAGCAACAACAACAACAUUAGCAGCAACACUAGCAGCAACAACAACAUCUGCAACAACAGCGACAACAGCAGCAGCAACAACAACACUAGCAGCAACAACAGCAACAAAAGGGUACGAAAGUUUUAAUUCAAGGAGGGUCAUUCUGGAGGGCAUAAUGGCAGCUGUUAGAGAUGGUAAUAGGAAGAGGAUUGGGUUGCAUGGAAUGGGUGGAAUUGGCAAGACUAUGCUUGCCGAAGAAAUUGCCAAAGUAGCUAAGGAAGAGGAGUUGUUCAGUAAAGUGGUUAUCACCACUAUUUCUCAAGCACCAAACGUAAAAGAGAUUCAGCAACAUAUUGCUGAAAUGCUGGAAAUGACAAUUUUCAGCCAAAAUGAAAGCAUUGUCAGGAGAGCAGAGCUGCUUCGAAUGCGAUUGGAAAGAGAUGAAAGCAAGAUUUUGUUAAUCCUCGAUGAUAUUUGGAAGGAACUCAAUCUAGAAGAAAUUGGAAUCCAUGACGGGUGCAAGAUUCUAGUAACCUCUAGAUAUCUGCAUGUUUUACGUAACUCCAUGGGUAUGGCUGAGAGUGAUGUGUUCUUCAUUGGAGCUUUAAAGUCGAGUGAAGCCAUCAACUUGUUUAUGAAAAUCAUUGGAGACACUAAAGUUGAAAAUAAUGCUUAUUACAAUGAUCUGGCACUCAAAAUCGUUGAUGAAUGUGGAGGCCUACCGAUUGCCAUUGCUACAGUGGCACAUGCUUUGAAAUGCAAUAUGGACAGCUUGUUCAUAUGGGAGGAUGCCUUGCAACGACUAAGGACUUCCAACUUUACAGGGAUUGAGGGAAUGCAUGACAAAGUCUACAAGAGUAUUCGGUUGAGUUACGAUUUUCUAGGAAGUCACGAGGAGGAGGCCAAACUAUUGUUAUUGCUUUGUGCUUUACAUAAGGAAGAUGAAGAAAUACAAGUGGAAGACCUAAUCAGAUAUAGCAUGGGUUGGCGCUUGCUUCAAGACAUCUAUACAAUGGAAGAUGCAAGAAACAGGGUGAAUUCGUUGGUUGUUAAAUUGAAAUCUCAUUGUCUGUUGUUGGAUGGUACAAGUACAAGUAAUGAAGUGAAGAUGCACGAUGUCAUUCGAGAUGUUUGCAUAACUAUUGGAAAAGAAGACCAUGGGCAUAGGAUGAUGAGUAACAUUCUUAUGUAUGAAGAUGAAAGACUUAAAGCAUCUAAAGCAAUUUCCUUUCUUGAUUAUGACCAUUUUGAUAAUCUUCCUCCAGAAUUGGAAUGUCCUAGUUUAGAAUUGCUUCUUCUAUCCAGUGGGUCUACUUUUGAAUCUAUUCCAGAUGAAUUUUUUAGGCAAACUGGCCUGCUUAAAGUUUUGAUUAUGAAUCGUACAUGGAUAGGAUCAUUACCUUCGUCUUUUGCUUCUCUUCAAAAUCUCCAAACAUUAUGUCUGCGUGGUUCUUCUCUGGAAGACAUAGCAGUGAUUGGUGAGUUAAAGAAUUUAAAAGCUCUUGAUCUGUCCAAGUCUGAUUUCAUUAUGCGACUGCCAAAAGAAAUAGGAGCAUUACAGCGUUUGCAAGUGCUAGAUCUACGAGGAUGUAGAAAUUUAAGAGUCAUUAAGGCAAAUGUCAUUUCAAAUUUGACACAGAUGGAAGAGCUCUAUCUUCCUCGUGAAUUUGAAGGAUGGGAUAAGAUUAUUGAUGAAGAAGGGGGAAUAAGAAAUGCAAGUCUUAUUGAGAUAAAGAGUAUGCAACGAUUGACAGCCUUACAUUUAUAUGUACCGCCUGAACAUGUUUUGCCUGAGGGUUUGUUUUCUGAAAAAUUGGAGAGAUACCAAAUAUGUAUUGGAGUUGAAUAUUCUUCUUUUUCAAGCAAGUGGUUGAUGAGAAGGUCCGAAUAUUUGUCAUUAGUGGGCCUAAGCCUCUCUCAAUUGGAACAAGCUGCACGUGAACUGAUAUCGUUGAUGAGAAGGUCCGAAUGUUUGUCAUUAACAGGAUCAAUGUCUGUCAACAGUGUUUCUCCAUCUUUGGUUAAUGAAGGUUUUCCUAGAUUAAAGCAUUUGAGAUUUUCUAAUAAUGAUGGGGUCCAAUGUAUCAAUAAUUCGACCGACGUAGCCUUUCCGUGUUUGGAGUCAAUAACACUUGUCCAUUUAAGAAGCUUGGAAAGCAUAUGUCGUGGCAAUAAACUCCCAAGAGGCUCCUUCAAUCAAUUGAGAAAGGUGGAUGUGAGGUGUUGUGGUAGAUUAAAGAAUUUGUUCCCUUUGAGUGUGGCCAAACUACUUCAUGAGAUUAUAGUACAAGAAUGUGAGAUGAUAGAAGAGAUCGUAGUGAGAGAAGAUGGUGAUGAAGUUGGCCAUAACAUUGAUGAUUAUCACUCUUCUUUGCAAUUACGCUCCUUGCAAUUAUAUAUUUUACCAAAGUUGGUCCAAUUCUAUUGCUCCAACCACAGGGCAGCUGAGGAGUCAGAUCAUUCAAAGCCUUUAUUCAGUGAAACAGUUUCUUUUCCUAACUUGGAGGAUUUAACUAUGAAGAAAAUGGAUAUAGAAAUGUUAUGGCCAGAACAACUUUUGUUAUCAUCAUCAUCAUCAAGUUUUUACAUGCAAAACUUAACAACCUUAAAAGUGGGAAGCUGCCAUAAUUUAAAGUAUCUAUUCUCUUCUUCUGUUGCUCAAAAGUUUGUAAACUUAAAGAGUAUACAAGUCAGAGAUUGUAACGCGAUGAAAGACAUAAUAAGAGUAGUAGAUCAACCUGGAGAAAAAGAAAGUACUUAUCAUGAUCAGAUAGACAGGAUUGAUUUGCUUUCUAAAUUAGAAUUUGUUCAGCUUGUUGGUCUUUCAUCCCUCCAAAGAUUUUGUAGUGCGACAGAUUUAUCACCGUGUGUGGUAUUUCCACUCCUAUCAAAGCUAGACAUAAAAUACUGUUCAACAAUGAAUAAGGCACAAGCAAGAGCAGUAUCAACACAAGGACCUUUCUUCAAUAAAAAGACUUCAUUUCCCAACUUAAAAGAGUUGAUUGUUACGUAUUGUAACAAUUUGAAGUCUCUGUUAUCAUCUGCCAUGGCUCGAAAUCUUGUACAACUUGAGAGAUUAAGUGUAAAUGAAUGUGAGAAGAUGGAAGCGGUAAUAGUAAGUGAUCAUGAUGAGGAAUACAUAUCAUCAUCAGGUGGCAGCAAUAUUAAUGCAAUAAUACCAUUUCAAAAAUUUGACUCUCUUGAGCUUAAUGAUCUUCCAAACCUUAUAAGAUUUUGUGAAUUAGGAGAUUAUUGCAUUGAAUGUCCAUUGUUGUCUCAACUGAUUAUAGAAGGUUGUCCUAAACUGAAGGAAUUAUUUAUGGGUGAUAAAAGGACAUCAUCAUCAUCUAUUAUUACUACUACUAAUAAUAAUAUUAUUGGCGAAAAGAAAGAUAGGAUGAUGUCCGCUCCAAAUAAACAAAGUCUCUUCAAGCACAAUAAUAAGGUAAUUUUUCCCAUGAUAAAGGUAUUGAGAAGUGAUUGGAGUGAAGUAAUUAAGGAGAUAUUUGAGAUGAGUAGUAAUUCAAUAGUAUUGUUUCCCAACCUUGAUACACUUCACUUGACCUGCACAUCUCCUGAUGAAGUAAUUGGUGUACCAAAUUUGAAGUUAUUCCUUGACAAAUAUCACACAAUUCGUACACUGACAUUGAGGGGCUCCUUUGUGAAUUUAAGUAAUAAUGGUGAUGGUGAAGUGAUCAACAACACUACUACUACUCAUCUUACAUCUACAUCUGCACCUUCUUCUUCUUCUUCUUCUUUGGAGCAACUAUACAUUGAUGGUGCUGAUGAUAUGGUUGAUCAUGUGUUUGGGGUGGAACCAUCAUCACAUAAUAAUACUAUUAUUCUCUUAUUUCCAAAUUUAAGAAGAGUAGAUGUUUGGGGAUGUAGUAGAUUACAGAGCUUUGCACCCUCCUUUAUGUUUUUCCACAACUUGGAAGCUCUGAUAGUAUCAGGAUGUCAUGGGCUGAGGUAUUUAUUGUCUUCCUCAACAGCAACCACUCUUGUACGAUUGCAACGAAUGGAAAUAAGUUAUUGUAAUGAAAUAAAGGAGAUUAUUAUUAAUCAUAAUAGUAAUGAAGAAGAGGAAGAAGAAAAAGACUCCCUAAUUGUUUUCCAGAAUUUGAAGCAACUAGAACUUCAGAAUUUGCCCAGUCUCCAAAGCUUUUUCUACUCAGGAAAUAAAGUUACCAUGAGUAUCCCAAAUUUAGAACAAUUAUCGAUCUGGAGGUGUCCUGAGAUGAGGAGGUUUUCAAAUGGGAUCGUAGACCCCUCUGCAUCAUUAUCAAUUGAGGUUGAUGGAAAAAGAAUUCACGUGGAAAGAGAUGAUGUUAAUGCAACCUUGGUAAAACUUUUCAGGGAAGAUAACAAUAAAAAUAAUAAUUCCGAUUUGGGAUUGCGACAACAAUAAUUGGCUCAUUAAAAGGUAACUUCAUUCAUUUAUUUAUUUUUUAACCUUUUUCUGUUCUUAAUCUUCUAAGGAAUAUUAUUAAUAUAUAUGUCAUUAAUUUGUUUAAUAUUAUUAAUAUAUAUGCUCGAUCAUAAAAGGGUAA